AUGCGUGCAAACCCAACACCUUCUUCAACGAACCACGCUACAAUCCCAUCAUUCACUAACCCUAAUUCCAACUUCACUACAAAGUUACACUCCCAAAUGUUCAAUCCUUCACAAGAUUCCACCAAUUUCACCUAUCACAUUCCUUAUCAAUCCAACACCAUAAACCCUAACAGUAACCAACGUUGGUUGUUUCCUCCACCAGUGGUUCCCUCUGCAGUAGCCUUUGAUCCAGCCCUUCGCCCGCCUGGAACUGAACCAAAUGCCAAUUCAGGCUCAUACUCGUGGACCCAUGUUGUAUUCCAAGCUCAAACGCCAUUUGGUGAAGACCCAAAUGCUGGUUCUCAGAAUGGGGCUAUCCAACAAGCUGAACCCAUUGGACACGAAGCUUCUAUCAAGUCUCUGAAUGAGAGUUUGUUAGUGCCCACCACUUCAAAUUCUUUGUGGAAUAGCAAUGGGACAAAUCGGUGUGAUGUUUGUAAUGUCAGUUGUAGUAGCAAAGAAAAUUACGAGGCACACAUAUUGGGAAAGAAACACCAGAAAAAAAUCAGAAUGCAAUAUAAUCCCACUGCCACAGCCUCUAAUGUUCUAAACAAUAUCAGUCUGCCAAGCCAAACAAGCAGUGUAGGUGGGCAAGUGAUAUUUGGGGGUUCAGGUGUGGCUGCUGGUGCAGAAUUGGAAACAAAGAGACGUAAGAUUGUGAAUGGUGGUGCAGCGGUUGAUUCCAUGGUGGUUUGCACAAUAUGCAACGUUGUUUGCAAUAGCCAAGAAGUUUACAUUAAACACCUGGCUGGUAAAAGGCACAAGGCUCAGGCUAGCUUAGUGGCUCCAAAUGUUGGCCCAUAUUUUGGUGCAGUUCAAUCUGAAGUUACUGGCAUUUGGAGUAAAGAUCCAAAUAAAAUCAAACUAGUUCAGUCUGCAUGGUGUGAAGUUUGUAAAGUCAAUUGUAACAGCAAUGACACCUACAUCAAACACUUAGUUGGAAAGAAACAUCAGAAGAACUUGGAGCAAAUUGAAAAGUUAAAGAAUGAUGGCAGUGCCUCAACCUCAAAUGUUCCAUCAGCUGCAACAAAUGCAAUAAUUGGACCAAUGGAAAACCCAGGAGCCAAGGGUUCCCAGCCAGAGGAGGAUUUGGAGACAAAGAAGCGCAAGAUCAUAUCAGGAGGAGCAGCAGCUGGUGCGGUCAAAACGUGUACUGUAUGCAAUGUGGUGUGCAAUAGUCAGACAGUUUUCAGUUCUCAUCUUGCUGGUCAGAAGCAUGCUGCUAUGGUGAAGAAACAGGCAGAAGUUGGAGUAGCAAUCAGAGCCUCUCAACAGAUAACCGCUUCUUGA